AUCAGGCAUUGCACAUGUCAGCACUAAACAUGGGGAGAGAUGACUUUGCUUUAAUCUCAUCUCAACGGUCUGCUGCCGCUAAAGGGGAAGGGGGAAGGGAGGUAUCUAGAUACCGCGCGGCACGAACGGAUAGCUAGCGCAGUAUGCCUCGAGGCGUUAGGUUGGCGAGGAACCCUUACUACUCCUACCUCUUUCUACCUGGUUCCGUCGUCACCUGUCAGUCGACUAGGGCUUACCCCGGGAUCCUUUCCACAUUUUUCUUCCUAAGUACACAGCCAUUGACUAGCCCGGUAUGUACAGGCUUUGAAUGUCACUGCCUUUUGUCACAAAGCUUAGUUUGGUCGCUACGGGACAAGGGACAUGAACGAGGUGCAACAUGUUUAAAUGGGUUCUAGAAUAUAAGGUUUUCGAUUCAGCGUUGAAGCGGACUUGUACUUACAUUCGAAGGACUCGAGGCCCUCAUUGGUUCAUGUCCGCCAG